GAGUGCAAGGUACGACAUUGGGAGGGUACGCUCCGGUGAUGCUGCUGUUACUGCGAGCAAUGCACGAGCAGCAGCCGACCCUUCAAGGUCACAGCUUCCUCUAGCAUGGCCGACCGGUGGAGUUCUAGCAGGCAUAUCCUACGUGGUCCACCGAAGGCGGAAGCAUAGGGUGCUUUGCAAAGCACGUCCAUAUCCUGAUGGCCGAUACGAUGCUGACACGGCAGCUGCCUAUUUUGCCGGUCGUCCAUGGCUGGUCACCCUACGUGCUGCUGAGCUUGUCGGGACGAGCUUGGGGUUUGCCGUCAAGCUUCUUCUAGAUUCUCAGACUGGGCAGUGGGAGGCUAUGAGCUCCGAACGUGCACGUGAGCUUACAGACAUCUUGACUCGUCUCGGCCCGACAUUCAUCAAGAUUGGACAGGCACUGUCGAUUCGCGCGGACCUCCUUUCCCCGGCCUAUUUGGAGGCUCUUACGGAGCUGCAGGACAGAGUUCCACCUUUUCCGACAGCUCAAGCCGAUGAGAUUAUCGAAUCUGAGUUAGGACGGCCAGUCGGUGAGCUCUUUGAAGAGAUUUCGCCGGCCCCGAUCGCUUCCGCAUCAUUGGGUCAGGUUUACAAGGCCAAGCUUCGUGAUGGCCCGGAAGUUGCGGUGAAAGUGCAGAGGCCUGGAAUGGAAGAGGUGGUCGCUCUCGAUCUCUACCUCUUGAAGCUGGGGGCCGGCCCUUUCAGGACUCUGCUAUCCUUCACAAGAUCUGGCCUUAACACCGACAUUGCUGGAACGGUGGACGAGUGGGGAAAGGGCUUUGUUGGAGAGCUCGACUACCGAGAGGAGGCGCGCAAUGCGAAACAGUUCCAGGAAGACAUCGCGAAGACUCCCUUGGCCGGAGCAGUGUUUGCUCCGCCGCCCGUAGAGGCAUGUUCUAGUGCAAAGGUUCUAACGACAGAGUGGAUCAUCGGAGAGCGCUUAGAGCAAAGCGAAGCAGAGGACGUGACGAAGCUAUGUUCGGUGGCUAUGAACACAUACCUGACAAUGAUGCUGGAGACGGGACUUCUUCACGCGGAUCCACAUCCAGGCAACCUUCUCAGAACUCCGGAUGGCAGGCUAUGCAUCCUUGACUGGGGCCUUGUCACGACCCUUGACGCAAGCUUCCGGGUGGCAUACAUUGAGCAUGUCGCUCACUUGGUGUCUCGUGACUACGAUCCAGUUCCAGCAGACCUGGUUCGUAUCGGCUUUGUCCCGGAGGGAAUGGAGGAUGAUGUCGUGAAGAGUGAGGUUGUGGCCACAUUGGCCCAAGUUUACGGCCAAUGGACUUCUGGGGGUGGCGCAGCACAAAUGGACGUGAACCGCCUCUUCAAUGAAAUUCAAGGCCUCAGCCGUCGCUACGGAAACCUUUUCCGAGUGCCUCCGUACUUUUUCUACAUUGCUCGAGCAUUCGCCGUCCUCGAAGGGAUCGGACUCAGUAAUGAUUCCGAGUAUUCUAUCGUGAACGAGUGCCUGCCAUAUGUUGCGCAGAGGUUGAUCACCGACUCAGACACCCGAAUAAACAAGGCGCUGGCUUCCUUCAUCUAUGGUGGCGAGAAAGGCAUCGAGCGUCAGCCAAGCGCGGAGCGUCUGAAAUAUUUGGCAACUGGGUUCUCGUCCUAUGUGGCUGCAACUCGUGCGAGCAAUGGCCCAGCUGCCAAGGAAGCAGCAGACCUUGCUGACCAGUUGGCCAGUCUGGUGUUGGGACGCCUGCCAGAAUCGCAUGAAUCUGAGGAUACAGGCAAAGCCAGAAAGGUUCCUCCUGCGCUUCAGGGACUUCUUUUGGAUGAGCUCGCGAAGGUUGUUGGCGCCAAUGCCAGAGAGUUGGCAGCAUCCUGGAAUCUUCCAGGAGCUGGAAGUCUAGGCUUGAUGACGCCGGAUAGAAAUGACAGGAAAGUGAUUGCGAAUGCGCAGGAGAUUGCAUCCAUUGCCGAGCCACAAGUCCGCGAGACUAUCGAACGCUUUCGGGCCUUGCCUUUCCGGGAGCAACGAAGCAUCGCAACAGAGGUCGUGUCCAGGCUGUGGGGUUAUCGAGACGAGGCUGUGGGUGCCGGAGGCCGCCUUGUUGCUCGGCUGGUGGUUCAGGGAAUAUCCCGUGUCAAGGCCGACAUUGACCAGGCACUGUCCAGCUCCUAG